CCAAUGUGCUGGUGUGAGAGUAACACGUCACGUGACUUGUUGCUGGUGGCCGCCUCUAGGAGAGACAAGAUGGUGGCGCUGGGCGCAUAGAAUCAGCGGUGACUGCAAGGAGGGCUGUCGUUCGGAGGAAGGCGAUUCCGUUGUUGGUAUGAAUGGCUAAUGCUUUUUGCCGAUUUUCAAUUUUACCGAGGGUCAUGGCAGGCUUGGGUCCGCAGAACCUGCUCGCCUAUGUGGAAGAGGGCAAUAUUGCUGCCCUGAAAACUCUUCUGGAAAAAUGCAAGGAUGUCGAUGAAAGAAAUGAGAAUGGGCAGACUGCAUUAAUGCUGGCAGCUGAGCAAGGCAACCUAGAAAUCGUUCAAGAGCUGCUUAGAAACAGAGCCAACUGCAACCUUGAAGAUGUUGAUAACUGGACUGCACUCAUUUCUGCUGCCAAAGAGGGAAAUUUGGAAAUUGUGACGGAGCUACUCGACUACAAUGCGAAUUUGGAGCACCGAGAUGUGGGAGGAUGGACGGCCCUUAUGUGGGCGUCUUACAAAGGCAGCACUGAUGUGGUGGACUUUCUUCUGUUAAAAGGCGCUAAUCCGAACAUAACUGGCGUGCAAUACAGCGUCUAUCCAAUUAUUUGGGCUGCCGGCCGAGGUCACUCUGAUAUUGUGAAACUCCUCCUUCAGUAUGGGGCAAAAGUCAACUGCUCAGACAAGUUUGGGACCACGCCACUCAUUUGGGCUGCAAGAAAAGGGCACCUGGAAUGUGUCAAAUAUCUUCUGCAAAUGGGAGCUGAUGUUGAUCAGGAGGGGGCAAACUCCAUAACUGCCCUCAUUGUUUCAGUUAAAGGUGGUUUCACGGACACAGUAAAGGAGAUUCUCAAGAGGAACCCUAAUGUGAACUUGACAGACAAAGAUGGGAAUACAGCGCUUGCCAUCGCAGCAAAGGAGGGGCACACUGAAAUUGUGCAAGACCUUUUAGAUGCAGGAACCUAUGUCAACAUCCCAGAUCGCAAUGGAGACACUGUUCUGAUUGGAGCUGUUCGAGGAGGGCAUGUGGAGAUCGUUAGGGCCCUACUGAACAAGUAUGCGGACAUUGAUAUUAGAGGACAGGAUAACAAAACAGCCUUAUACUGGGCCGUGGAGAAAGGCAAUGCCAUUAUGGUACGGGACAUCCUGCAAUGCAACCCAGAUACAGAGUUUUCUACCAAGGAUGGAGAAACUCCGCUUAUAAAGGCAACAAAGAUGAGAAGCAUUGAAGUGGUGGAGCUUUUGCUUGAUAAAGGAGCUAAGGUUUCUGCAGUUGAUAAGAAAGGAGACACCCCCCUUCAUAUUGCAAUCAGGGGCAGAAGCCGAAAACUUGCAGAGCUUUUGCUUCGAAAUCCCAAGGAUGGACGAUUGCUGUACAGGCCUAACAAGGCAGGAGAGACCCCUUACAACAUAGAUUGCAGCCAUCAAAAGAGCAUCCUGACUCAGAUAUUUGGUGCUAGACACCUUUCUCCCACAGAGUCUGAUGGUGAUUUGCUUGGGUAUGAUCUGUACAGCAGUGCUCUUGCUGAUAUACUCAGUGAACCCACUAUGCAGCCCCCAAUCUGUGUUGGACUGUAUGCUCAGUGGGGAAGUGGAAAAUCAUUCCUCCUAAAAAAGCUUGAAGACGAGAUGAAGACCUUUGCAGGCCAGCAGAUAGAGCCUUUGUUCCAGUUUUCUUGGCUCAUUGUUUUUUUCAUCCUGCUGCUCUGUAGUACCAUUGGACUGCUGCUUUCCUUUACAGUCGAUACAAAACUGGGCAUAUCUGUGGCACUCAGCUUGUUGGCUGUGCUCUACAUAUUCUUCGCUGCCAUCUACUUCGGGGGAAGACAAGAAGGAGAAAACUGGAACUGGGCUUGGGUGCUAAGUACCAGACUGGCAAGACAAAUUGGGUACCUGGAAUUACUCCUAAAACUCAUGUUUGUGAAUCCCCCAGAACUUCCUGAGCAAACCACUAAAGCUUUGCCAGUCAGGUUCCUUUUCACAGACUACAAUCGGCUCUCUAGUGUAGGGGGAGAAACAUCCAUGGCUGAAAUGAUAGCCACACUCUCUGAUGCUUGUGAGAGGGAGUUUGGUUUCUUAGCCACACGGCUCUUCAGAGUGUUCAAAACAGAGGAAACACAAGGGAAAAAGAAAUGGAAAAAAACUUGUUGUCUGCCCUCAUUUGUAAUCUUCAUCUUUAUCACGUUAUGCAUCUUUUCCGGCGUUCUCCUGCUGGCGAUCUUUAAAGUGGAUCCCAAGAAUAUGACAGUGAAUUCUAUCCUUAUAGCCGUGGCUUGUGUGUUGGGCCUGGUGUUUGUGCUGAAUUGCCGCACAUGGUGGCAAGUAAUGGAUUCCAUACUGAACUCUCAGCGCAAGCGGCUCCACAGUGCAGCUUCCAAACUGCACAAACUGAAAAGUGAAGGAUUUAUGAAGGUUUUGAAAUGGGAAGUAGAGUUGAUGGCUAAAAUGGCAAAAACCAUAGAUAGUUUCACCCAAAACCAGACCAGGCUUGUGGUAAUCAUUGAUGGGCUGGAUGCCUGUGAGCAGGAUAAAGUUCUGCAUAUGCUAGACACGGUUCGGAUCCUGUUUUCCAAGGGGCCAUUUAUCGCAAUCUUCGCCAGUGACCCUCACAUUAUUAUCAAGGCCAUCAAUCAGAAUCUCAACAGCGUGCUGAGAGAUUCCAACAUCAAUGGGCACGACUAUAUGCGCAACAUUGUCCACCUGCCCGUCUUUCUCAACAGCCGCGGCCUCAGCAAUGCCAAAAAGCUGUGUUCGAUAACAGCCACCAAUGGAGAUGUGGGCUAUAUGGAGAGUGGUUCAGCAGGUCAUGAAGAUCUGGAUAGAAGGGUCUCCCAGCACAGUCUGGCGGAGGCUUCAAAACUUGGCAGCAAAACUGCUCUAAACAGAAGGGAUACCUAUAGAAGAAGGCAGAUGCAGCGCACCAUGACAAGGCAGAUGUCCUUUGACCUAACCAAGCUGCUGGUAACAGAGGACUGGUUCAGCGACAUCAGCCCUCAGACAAUGAGAAGAUUAUUGAAUAUUGUUUCAGUAACAGGGCGAUUACUCAGAGCCAACCAGAUUAGUUUUCACUGGGACAGACUGGCCUCUUGGAUCAACCUGACAGAGCAGUGGCCAUACAGAACAUCUUGGCUGAUCCUGUACCUGGAGGAGACCGAGGGGGUCCCUGAUCAGUCUACUUUGAAAACUAUUUACGAAAGAAUCUCAAAAAACAUUCCCACAACUAAAGACGUCGAACCACUGCUUGAAAUCGAUAGCGAUAUCAGGAGUUUUGAAGUCUUUUUGGCCUCUAGGACCCCAGUGCUCAUCACAAGAGAUGUGAAAACCUUUCUGCCAUGCACAGUCAACUUGGAUCCAAAGCUGAGAGAAAUCAUUGCGGAUGUUCGUGCAGCAAGAGACCAGAUGAAUAUUGGAGGAUUCCCAUAUCCCACACUUCCCUUGCAAGAUGCUCCACCCAGGGCAGCCUCUGUAUUCAGCCAGCCAUCUUCAGUCUGCUCCUCAUCUUCAUUUAACGGACCCUUCCCUGCUGGGGUAAUGUCUCCACAGCCACCAAGCAGCUAUUACAGUGGGAUGACCGGACCACAGCAUCCCUUUUAUAAUCGGCCAUUCUUUGCACCUCAUGCUUACCUGCCAAGGUAUUACUUUGGCAACCCCCAACAUCCCAUGUCACGCCCAUCUUUUAAACACAGUGUGUCCAGGGAGCAGAACAAUUGCCUAAGCAUUAUCGAAGAAGAUGCCGCAGAGACCCUGUCCUCCCCCAUUCACGCCUUUCUGGGUACCAGCAGCGGCGUAGCAGGAGCACACACUUCUGUGUUGGCCUCCAUGAACGUGGACGCUGUGUGCGAGAAGCUGAAAAAUAUAGAUGGGAUUGAUCAGAGUAUGCUGGCUCAGUACACUGCAACCAUGCGCAAGGCAAAUAUCAAUGGGCGGGUUCUGAUGCAGUGCAGCGUGGAUGAACUGAAGAAAGAAAUGAGCAUGAACUUUGGCGACUGGCACCUAUUCAAGAGUGCACUUCACGAAAUGAGGAGCUCUGAUACCCAAGUGCAGCCUGAGGAUACCCGGAUGGCCGGUGAGCCCAGCAGAAUGGCGCCACGCAGCGAGGUUAGCAGGCACCCCGUUUCCAAUACAGAGCUUCCUCACACUGAAUUGGCCGGUCAGAAUUAUGACUUCAGCUUCAGCUUGGAAGAUCUGAACGCGCUUGGUUUUGAGGAGUCAAAUCGUGGCGUGGGCUGGCAGGGACGGCCACACAGGACACCAAGUCUUUCCAGUCUUAAUUCUCAAGAAUCCAGUAAUGAAAUCACAAAGCUCACAGACAAAGUGCAGGCGGAAUAUAGAGAUGCCUACAGGGAGUACAUUUCCCAGAUGUCACAAAUUGAGGGUGCCGUAGCUUCUGCCAGUGGCCGGUCUUCUCCAUUAAGUUCCGGUGGUUACUACAUAGGGCAGAGCACAUCAGUGAGUUCUAUUUACUCUAGUUCAGAACAGGACAAAAUGAAAGAAGGGGACUCAAAGCAUGAAGAAGGGCGGAAACCAUUUCUGAUGAAGAGAACGGAUGUUGCUGACUAUACAUCAUCAACUGUUUCCACUACUGAUGCUUCUCCACUUGAUCCUAUUACUGAAGAAGACGAAAAAUCUGAUCAUUCGGGAUCUAAACUUCUGCCUACCAAGAAACCAGCUGAGAGAACUAGUCUCUUCCAGGCAACGGAUUUGAAACUGAAAGGAGCCGGAUUACGUUACCAGAAACUUCCAAGUGAUGAAGAUGAGUCUGGGACAGAAGAGUCUGAUAACACCCCUCUCCUUAAGGAUGAAAUAGACAAAAAGACAGAUGGCAAUCUGGAUAAGAAAGCAGGAGAGCAUGCCUCUGAGCCCAUAAUGGCCUACAGUAAAGCAAAGGAAUACCUUUCAGAUGCUAUCCUGAACAAGAAAGAUUCUUCUGACUCUGGCAUGAGAUCCAAUGAAAGUUCUCCAAAUCACUCUCUUAAUAAUGAAGGAGCAGAAGAUUCUCAGCUUGAAAAGACGAAUCUAAUUGAGCUUGAAGAUCCCCACUUACGAGGAAAAAGGGGAAUACCCAACAGUCUGAGUGGCCUACAGGACUCAGAAAUAGCACGCAUGUCCAUCUGCUCUGAUAAGAAGAGUCCUUCAGAAAGUAGUCUCGUUGCCAGCAGUCCUGAGGAGAACUGGCUUUCAAGUCAGAAGACCUUCAAUAUGAACCGUACUCCGAGUACAGUGACCCUCAACAAUAAUACUGCCUCUACUAAUAGAGCCAACCAAAAUUUUGAAGAGACAGAAGAGGCUAAAUGUGAUUCUCCAAUCAUAGUAGUCCCUGGGUCAAGUCCUGUUCAAAAUGAGAACCUGAAGCGCUUGACUCACAAGCGAGGACAACGUGCGGGAUACAGCCGGCUGGCCAAAGAAGCUUCAGAGCUGAAUACUGUGGCUUCCUCCGACGCAACUGGCUUUGCCGAGGAAAGAGAGAGUAUCCUUUAAGCGGAGAAUCAGAAGCCCAUUUGUGUUCCUACCAUCCAUUUUUCUUUAACUUCCAUUCAUCAUUUUUUGCCAAUCUCACUCAAGCCUAAAAAUUUUCACCUAUUGUGAUCCUUAAUUUUUUUUCCGCGAUGAACUAGAAAGUAUUCAGAUAAAAGAAUAAAUUUAAAAAAAAAAAGCUUGUGAUGGGCUGUAGCUUAGCCUCACACUGAAGCCUGAGAAAAAGGAAUGAAGAGCAUGAUGAGAAGAAGACACAGUCAUCCUUUUAUUUUCUUCAAACCCUCUAGGCAGAGCUUUAGAAAAUAUCACUAUAGCCAGUAAUAUCCAAACUUUCAAAUAAAAUGUAUAUCUGGUUGCCAAAAUAUCAAAUUUCUACUUAGGGGUUGGGCUUGGACAUUGUCUCCCUCCCUAUGAAAGACGGGGCGGUAGAUUUACUUUGGAAUCCAACAGUGAUUGGGAUGUUUAAAUCUGAUCAGAUUGGAUUUGAAUGAGAACAAGUCCAAAUGACUUGACUUAGCUCCAUAUUGAUUUAUUGUACUGGAAAAAUGUGUCCCUGGCCUCGAUAUCCUAGAGCAGUCAUUCUGAGAUAACGAAUAGGCUAUGAGCAAUGAUACAUAUUGAUUAGGAAAAUGGCUGAAUAAAUUGAUUCUUCAUUCAGUCUUUGGUAAGUCUGCCCCUAAGUCUUGUUUUAAGCCAGAAGAACCUAGUUUCUGUUGACAUUUUGCCUUGUCUUUGUUAGCUCCAUCGGAUUUCGUUGAUGUCUUCGUUGAUGUCACGCAUUGUCAAGAGUUUGAACACAAUUCAGGAGCUUUUUGAUUUGUAACAGAACCAUCACUGGCACUACUCAUGUAAGGGCAAUGACGCACUUGAUACUUCUAAGCCUGGUAGUGCAUUUCAGAAUCAAACACUUCCGACUGUGGCUCCUAAGUGCUUGAAUGGGAAGAGCCCGGAACACUCUUGUGAACUGAAUGGGAACGUAGCUCUUUUCUGGUGGCCUGCAAGUGUUGUUUGUGUCAUAGCCCUUAUCAUCUUGGCUUUGCCUUCUUUCCCAUCCAGAGGCUUCCUGUUCUUUAUAGAACAGUGUUGUGCAAACCUGUUGCAAUUCAGUUAAUAUUAAACCCUAAGUGUACGGGGGAGGGAUGUUGUCAUUGGGUAACAGUACUGCAUGCCAUAAUGUGUAACCGUAUUGUGUUAGUGCCAGGACUGCAUGCGCCUGACCUCAGUCUUGUGAGAAAAGGGACCUUGCAUGAGAAGGACCUGUCUCUAGCCUGUGGCUUGUCUUUGAUAAGGAACCAAUAUGAACUUGCUGUUUGAUGUGUUUUUGACAUUUGCCAAGAGUCCCUCUCCAUGUCUAUUAUCUAGGGAGCAGGGAUGGGCGAAUUUGACCCGUUUCGUUUCGCCAAAAAUUCGCCGCCGGCGAAAUGUCGCAGACGCCCAUUAAAGUCUAUGGGCGUCAAAAAAUAUUUGUCGUGCGGCGAAAUUAUUUUGUCGCGCGUCUUUUUUUUUUUUACAAGUCUAUGGGCGUCAUUUUUUCGGCGAAACGAGGCGAAAAAAUUCGCCCAUCCCUACUAGGGAGGGUUAGACAUGCAACAAACUAGUCUAUCAAUGUCUGAUUAAAGGAGAGAGCUAGUACUGUCAACCAGAAGUCCUCUACUGAGUAGUGCUAGUCCAACCAGGCCAGGAGAAGUUGGACUUAUCUUGCAAAGCUCAGCUGAUACUGGAGCAUUUACAACAAGAGGAAAAUAAGUAAGGGCCGUAGCAGUGAAAUUCACAGUAAUGACAGUAUUUGUGCCCUGUCGCUCUGCUGGACACAAUAUGUUGUGAUGUUGCCUGUAAGUUACACUUGAUGGAAAACUGUAUUUGAUAUCAACAACAAAAAAGUGUAUUGUGUACAUGCAAUAUGUUGUUCCGUGCAAAAUAAAUGCUGCUGAAAAUCU